GCAGGAGCCAGCCGCUCCUGCCUCGGGUGUCACUGAAAAGAGUCCCACGACGAGGGUCGAGGAAACCCGGGCAGCCGCGCUUCUUGGAGGGGCUUUUCUAGGCAGAGAAUGAGCAGCCCUUUGGAGGAGAGGCUCAGGGAAGCGGCUGCGCGGGGCGAGCUGGAGGACGUCCAGGCGCUGCUCCAGAAAGGGGUGGAUGUCAACGCUCGGGACGAAAGCAAUGGCUGGACAUGUCUGCACUGGGCUUGCAAAAGGAAUCAUAUCCAAGUGGUGCUUUACCUUCUGGCUUGUGGAGCUGAUAAGGAGAUUGUCACGAAUGAAGGAGACCAGGCAGCGUAUUUAACUUCAAAGGCAGAGAUCAAGAGGAUGUUAGGAGUGGAAGAUGACAAUCAAGAAGAGAGUAACUUGAGUCUGCCAGUUGUUGCAAACUCUUUGACAAAUCCACUAUUCCCUUGCCAAGAAAUGGAAAAGGUCCCCAGUAUCUCAGCACCCCAGGAUACAAGCACAGUCAUCUCUGAAGGUGACUCCACCCCUUGUCUAUCAGCAACUCAUGAAGAUAAGGAUUGCAAAUCUUCCUCAUUGCACAAUGAAACUGAACUUGCUGAGCAAGGCUGUAGUGAAGGAGUGUGUGGUUUUCCUACUGGCAUGGGACCAUCUGAAGGCACGAAACACAGUGUCCACAACUGCCCUGUUUACACAUCAUCUAUGUUUCACAGAACUCUCUUUACUUCAGCUGCAUCUAUGCAACAUAUUCCUCAGCGAGCAAACAGCUCCUGUACGGACACAGCACUGCCAUGGCAGCCACUGCUUCUUACAGGAACUUACCCAUAUAACACACAAGAACUGGUGCUUAAAGUAAGAGUUCAGAACUCCAAAGAGGAUGACUUUAUUGAAAUUGAACUGAACAGACAAGAGCUGACUUACCCAGAUCUACUCAGAGUGAGCUCAUCUGAACUGGGUGUUAAUCCUGAACAAGUAAAGAAGAUUAGAAAACUACCCAAUACACUGGUAAGAAAGGAUGAAGAUGUAGCCAGGCUUCAGGAUUUUCAAGAACUGGAGUUAGUUCUGGGGAAAACUAUCCGCUCUUCUUUCACAAAUGUUGCAGCAUCACUGAUUGAAAGACCUUGCUACAAUAUUAAAGCAGCAAAGUUGACAUACUGAAAUUUCUCUGAUUUAUGGCCACUGAGCUAAGUAUUACACACAGACUUUAAGAAAAAAUUGAUUAAAUGCUUAAAAAACUAACAUUCUUAAGGGUAAUUUUUAUAGUAUAUCUUUGAUAUCUUGAUAAUUUUGUCUAAGAUGCAUAGUUCAGCUAAAAAGUUAUUCAUUCCCUCAAUCCACUAAUGAUUUGCUAAGCAAUGUAAUCUAUUUAAUACACUGUACUGAGGUUAAAGUAGCUAUAGAUAUUCUUGUGGUGCAUAGCGGUAACACUAAGGAUCUUCUUAGCGUUAAUCACAGUAAGACAGAAAACAUCAACCGUAGAAAGGAAAAAGUUGAGCACUGUUUCUUUCUCGUCUGAUUUCAGUCCAGGGAUCUGUUUUUAAAAAGCUGAAAGAAUCUUUAUUUUAGAUUUUCCAACCAAACUUUACACUGGGUACCAGUUUUUUUAAAAAAAUCCUAUUAACUUCUCUUUCAUAAUAAAUUUUGCUCUCUGCAUACUUUUUAAGAUUUAAAAGACAGAAUAUGUAGCAUUGCUGGUAACUGAUCAUAUCUAUGCAUUUAGAAAACUAUUGUAUAUUUUGUAAAAAAUUAAGUCACAUUAUACAAACUGAUCAAACAGAAGAUACUAUAUUUAUGUAAUGUGUUAAAAGGAUAAUUGUAUUUCAAAGGCAGAUUUUUUUUGCAUUAUUAAGCUGUAACAAAGUAAUGUUUCUAGUAUUUUUUUUAAAAAAUAAAGUUUGGUUUUAAUCUUGAUUAAAUUGUUAGAAACAAAAUAUUCUGGAAAAUGAGCAUAGUUUCACUACAGAGCAAUGAUAAUGUGCGGCCUAUUUUAUAGCUGAGCCAUGUUUUUUCUAUAUACAUAAACUGAAACUCACCUAUAUUUGGAGAAGGAUGGGGUACAUGUAUGUAAUGCCUUCUAACACUUUUCAUUCCAAAUUCACAGUACUUCCCAUUACACACUCAGUCUCCUCCAACCUUCUAAUAGCUCUGUUGCCUAGAUUUGUUGUACUGGAGUUUCUCUGAACUGCUGAAAUGUUCAUAAAAAUUUAUACUACCUCAAAAAAUGAGCCAGAAAUGGAGAAAAACAUAUUUCAAUCAGAUGAGCUCUCUACUAGGAGCAGCUACAGAGGUUUAUUUAUCAAAUUUAUACACCACUGCAGAAUACAACCUAUAAGUUUGACUUUCUCACAUACACUAUUUUCUGCUAACCUCUGUUUUAUAAACUGAUACACGAUUUCCAGCAUUCUACAAACUUUCUCACCA